AUGAAAAAAGGGAAUAAUGACGGUAGUACGGCAUUGCACUAUGCAGCUCAGAAUGGCCAUCUUGAUAUAACCAAACAUCUCAUCAGUCAAGGAGCUGAAGUAAAUAGAGGGGAAAAAGAUGCUCAGAAUAGUCAUCUUGAUGUCACCAAACAUCUCAUCAGUCAAGGAGCCGAUGUGAAUAAAGGGAAUAAUAAUGGUAGUACUGCAUUACACACUGCUGCUCAGAAUGGUCAUCCUGAUGUUACCAAGCAUCUUAUAAGUCAAGGAGCUGAAGUAAAUAGAGAGGAAAAAGAUGGUUCGACUGCAUUACACACUGCUGCUCAGAAUGGCCAUCUUGAUGUCACCAAAUAUCUAAUCAGUCAAGGAGCUGGAGUAAAUAGAGAGAAAAAAGAUGGUCGGACUGCAUUACACAUGGCAGCUCAGAAUGGUAAUUUUGAUGUCACCAAACAUCUCAUCAGCCAGGGUGCAGAUGUGAAUAGAGAGGAAAAAGAUGGUUCGACUGCAUUACACAUUGCAGCUCAGGAGGGUCAUCUUAAUGUCACCAAACAUCUCAUAGGCCAGGGUGCUGAUGUGAAUAGAGAGGAAAAAGAUGGGGCCGAUGUGAAUAAAGGGAAUAAUAAUGGUAGUACUGCAUUACACACUGCUGCUCAUAAUGGCCAUCUUGAUAUCACCAAACUUCUCAUUAGUCAAGGGGCCGAUGUGAAUAAAGGGAAUAAUAAUGGUAGUACUGCAUUGCACUAUGCAGCUCAGAAUGGCCAUCUUGAUAUCACCAAACAUGUAAUCAGUCAAGAAGGUGAUGUGAAUAAAGAGCAAAAAGAUGGUUGGACUGCAUUACACAUUGCAGCUCAUAAUGGUCAUCUUGAAGUCACCAAACAUCUCAUUAGUCAAGGGCCCGAUGUGAAUAAAGGGAAUAAUAAUGGUAGUACUGCAUUGCACUAUGCAGCUCAGAAUGGCCAUCAUGAUAUCACCAAACAUCUCAUCAGUCAAGAAGCUGAUGUGAAUAAAGGGAAUGAUAAUGGUAUGACUGCAUUACACAUUGCAGCUUUGAAUGGACAUCAUGAUAUCACCAAGCAUCUCAUAAGCCAGGGUGCUGAUGUGAAUAGAGAGCAAAAAGAUGGUAGUACUGCAUUACACAUUGCAGUUAAUAAUGGUCAUCCUGAUGUCACCAAACAUCUCAUUAGUCAAGGGGCCGAUGUGAAUAAAGGGAAUAAUAAUGGUAGUACUGCAUUGCACUAUGCAGCUCAGAAUGUCCAUCUUGAUAUCACCAAACAUCUCAUCAGUCAAGGAGCUGAAGUAAAUCGAGAGGAAAAAGAUGGUUCGACUGCAUUACACACUGCUGCUCAGAAUGGUCAUCUUGAUGUCACCAAAUAUCUAAUCAGUCAAGGAGCUGGACAUCUCAUCAGCCAGGGUGCUGAUGUGAAUAGAGAGGAAAAUGAGGGUUGGACUACAUUGCACACUGCUGCUCAGAAUGGUCAUAUUGAUGUCACCAAACAUCUCAUCAGUCACGGGGCCGAUGUGAAUAAAGGGAAUAAUAAUGGGAGUACUGCAUUACACACUGCUGCUCAUAAUGGCCAUCUUGAUAUCACCAAACAUCUCAUUAGUCAAGGGGCCGAUGUGAAUAAAGGGAAUAAUAAUGGUAGUACUGCAUUGCACUAUGCAGCUGAGAAUGGCCAUCUUGAUGUCACCAAACAUGUAAUCAGUCAAGGAGCUGAUGUGAAUAAAGGGAAUGAUAAUGAUAGUUGGACUGCAUUACACACUGCUGCUCAGAAUGGCCAUCUUCAUGUCACCAAACAUCUUAUCAGUCAAGGCGCUGAAGUAAAUAGAGAGGAAAAAGAUGGUUGGACUGCAUUACAUAUUGCAGCUCAGAAUAGUCAUCUUGAUGUCACCAAACAUCUCAUCAGUCAAGGGGCCGAUGUGAAUAAAGGGAAUAAUAAUGGUAGUACUGCAUUAUACAUUGCAGCUUUGGAUGGACAUCUUAAAAUCACGAAGCAUCUCAUCAGUCAGGCUGCUGAUGUGAAUAGAGGGCAAAAAGAUGGUUGGACUGCAUUACACAUUGCAGCUCAUAAUGGUCAUCCUGAUGUCACCAAACAUCUCAUUAGUCAAGGGGCCGAUGUGAAUAAAGGGAAUAAUAAUGGUAGUACUGCAUUGCACUAUGCAGCUCAGAAUGGCCAUCUUGAUAUCACCAAACAUCUCAUCACUCAGGAGGGUCAUCUUGAUGUCACCAAACAUCUCAUCAGCCAGGGUGCUGAUGUGAAUAGAGAGGAAAAAGAUGGUUUGACUGCAUUACACAUUGCAGUUUAUAAUGGUCAUCUUGAUGUCACCAAACAUCUCAUCGUUCAAGAAGAUGAUGUGAAUAGAGGGGCUCAGAAUGCCCAUCUUGAUAUCACCAAACAUCUCAUCAGUCAAGGAGCUGAAGUAAAUAGAGAGGAAAAGGAUGGUUGGACUGCAUUACACACUGCUGCUCAGAAUGGUUAUCUUGAUGUCGCCAAACAUCUCAUCAGCCAGGGUGCAGAAGUGAAUAAACAGCAGAACGAUGGUUGGACUGCAUUACACACUGCUGCUCAGAAUGGUUAUCUUGAUGUCGCAAAACAUCUUAUCAGUCAAGGAGCUGAAGUAAAUAGAGAGGAGAAAGAUGGUCGGACCGCAUUACACACUGGUGCUCAGAAUGGUCAUCUUGAUGUCACCAAAUAUCUCAUUAGUCAAGGGGCCGAUGUGAAUAAAGGCAAUAAUAAUGGUAGUACUGCAUUGCACUAUGCAGCUCAGACUGGCCAUCUUGAUAUCACCAAACAUCUCAUCAGUCAAGGAGCUAAAGUAAAUAGGGAGGAAAAAGAUGGUUGGAUUGCAUUACACACUGCUGCUCAGAAUGGUUAUCUUGAUGUCGCCAAACAUCUUAUCAGUCAAGGAGCUGAAGUAAACAGAAAGGAAAAAGAUGGUUUGACUGCAUUACAUAUUGCAGCUCAGAAUGGUGAUCUUGAUGUCACCAAACAUCUCAUCAGUCAAGGAGCCGAUGUGAAUAAAGGGAAUAAUAAUGGUAGUACUGCAUUACACACUGCUGCUCAGAAUGGCCAUCUUGAUAUCACCAAACAUCUCAUCAGUCAAGGAGUUGAAGUAAAUAGAGAGGAAAAAGAUGGUCGGACUGCAUUACACACUGCUGUUCAGAAUGGUUAUCUUGAUGUCGCCAAACAUCUUAUCAGUCAAGGAUCUGAAGUAAAUAAAAAGGAAAAAGAUGGUUUGACUGCAUUACAUAUUGCAGCUCAGAAUGGUCAUCUUGAUGUCACCAAACAUCUCAUCAGUCAAGAAGCCGAUGUGAAUAAUAGGAAUAAUAAUGGUAGUACUGCAUUGCACUAUGCAGCUCAGAAUGGCCAUCUUGAUAUCACCAAACAUCUCAUCAGUCAAGGAGCUAAAGUAAAUAAAGAGGAAAAAGAUGCUCAGAAUGGUCAUAUUGAUGUCACCAAACAUCUCAUCAGUCGAGGGGCCGAUGUGAAUAAAGGGAAUAAUAAUGGUAGUACUGCAUUGCACCAUGCAGCUCAGAACGGCCAUCUUGAUAUCACCAAACAUCUCAUCAGUCAAGGAGCUGAAGUAAAUAAUGAGGAAAAAGAUGGAGCUGAAGUAAAUAGAGAGGAAAAAGAUUGUCGGACUGCAUUACACACUGCUGCUCAGAAUGGUUAUCUUGAUGUCGCCAAACAUCUCAUCAGCCAGGGUGCAGAAGUGAAUAAACAGCAGAACGAUGGUUGGACUGCAUUACACACUGCUGCUCAGAAUGGUUAUCUUGAUGUCGCAAAACAUCUUAUCAGUCAAGGAGCUAAAUUAAAUAGAGAGGAAAAAGAUGGAGCCGAUGUGAAUAAAGGGAAUAAUAAUGGUAGUACUGCAUUACACACUGCUGCUCAGAAUGGCCAUCUUGAUAUCACCAAACAUCUCAUCAGUCAAGGAGUUGAAGUAAAUAGAGAGGAAAAAGAUGGUCGGACUGCAUUACACACUGCUGCUCAGAAUGGUUAUCUUGAUGUCGCCAAACAUCUUAUCAGUCAAGGAGCUGAAGUAAAUAGAAAGGAAAAAGAUGGUUUGACUGCAUUACAUAUUGCAGCUCAGAAUGGUGAUCUUGAUGUCACAAAACAUCUCAUCAGUCAAGGGGCCGAUGUGAAUAAAGAGAAUAAUAAUGGUAGUACUGCAUUGCACUAUGCAGUUGUGAAUGGCCAGCAUGAUAUCACCAAAUGCCUCAUCAGUGAAGGUGCUGACGUAAAUAUUCAACAUGACACUGGACGAACUGCAUUACAUUUUGGGUGUGAGAAUGGUUAUCUAGAUAUCACUAAAUAUCUUAUCAGUCAAGGAGCUAAAGUGAAUAGAGGAGAUAAGGCUGGUUUGACUGCCUUACAUCUUGCAGCUGCGAAUGGACAACUUGAUGUCACCAUGCAUCUUGUUAAUCAAAAAGCUGAGGUGAAUAAAGAAGAUAAUGAUGGUCACACUUCACUGCUGUUUGCUGUCCAGAAUAGCCAUGUUGAAGUCAUUGAAUAUCUGAUAGGUCAAGGAGCUAAAGCCGACAGGGAAAUCGCUGAUGGUUGUGCAAAAGUACUCUCUACUGUGCAUGAUGGUCGCCCAAAUGUCGUUCCCGUUGUAUUGGCACCAGGAUCGAGUCCUGAACUAGACGGCAUCCAUGGAACGACUCCCCUAGGACUGUCUUUGCUGUUUGGGUACGAACAAAUCGCUGGGAUUCUAGCCACCUGUUCCCCAUCCGAGGUAAGCUCUUUAUAUUGA